UUUUGAUACCGAUACUAAAUACGUUUUGUGAAUUUUUUUAACGUAUUGUUGAGCAAAAUUAGUCCAAUGCAGCGGGAGUAUUUGCAUAUUGGAUACAAUAAAAAAAACACAACUUAAUGAAUUUAACAAGAAAUUAUAUUACAUUUCUUAUAAAAAAUAUCCCUAAGUGUAUACAUAAACUUAUUGGAGUAUUUUAAGUGAAGUAAGGCAACUUACAAAGAACUCUAAUAUGAAAAUAUUCAUUGCAAAUAUCACAUUAUUGGUUGUUUUAAUAAAAUGUAAGAAGGUUUUGACCAUUAAUGAAAUUGUCGUGGACGCAACAGUAAAUAGAGGCACUGAUGAACCAAAAAAUUGUCUCAUAUGUCUUGAAGAAUUAGAGGUGAAUAAUUUUAAACUACCAUGUUGUCCUGGGACAUUCCAUAAAGAAUGUUUAGAUAAAUGGUUAAGUUAUGGAGUAAUAUCAUGUCCAUAUUGCAACGGAAAUCCACUUGAAGAUUAUCGCAUUUGCUUAAAGUGUAAGUAUACUGAUAAUGAAGAAGAACUGGUAAAAACGAAAUGUUGUAAUAGAGAUUUAUGUAAAUAUUGUAUUGAGUAUAAAAUGGAAACUAAAUGUUUGUGCGGAAAAGACUUAGUAAAAGCAAUUACUUUCGACCCUGACCGUUUGUGCUCUGAUUGUAAAACGUUACGUGGAACCAAUACUUUUUCUUCUCGUUGUCCACACGUUUAUUGUAAGAAAUGCUAUGAAGAUUUGGAAUAUUGUAAUUUUUGUGGUGAAGAAAAAAGAAAAAAUCGCUUUUAUGCGUUUUUUAAUCGUUUUUUAUGUGUUUUUUACUAAUUUUAAUAAAUACAACUAUAAUUAUCUACAUUUGAAAUAAACCAGAUUGUUUGAUUAAAA